CCAACACCGUUGAAGACACUAACUUAGUAGUCCUUAUUCUCCUCUUCGCCUCUCAUAUUCAACUUGAUAAUGUCGUCGCUUACCCCGCUCAAGGCAUCUAUGCUCAGUCUCAAGCCACAUAAAAACGAAGCUGCGCUCCGGAUUCGCAACAGUUCUGCUGCCCUCGUUGCUGUACUCUUAUUCACGCAUCUUACUCCGGCGCCAUCGCUAUGGACAGCUGUGGAUGUCGUGUUUAAUGAUUCAGGAGAAGGAAAAUCUGCGUUUUGGAUGAUGUGCGCUGCUGAGUUGGCCAUACUGGGUCUCUUCACCCUGAACGCCCUUCAGGCAGCUAUAGGGCUCAUGUAUCCAUCAAAACCUCUCCCACUCGCACAGUCACCUUCGAAGAGCCUCAAGACACCGCAAUCACACUUACAAAAACGCCGUAAUGUGUUGUCACCUCACACAAGUCCACAGCCGCAACGCACUUUCUCCCCAUACGUCUCCUCUCCAGUGUCAACGCCUUCUCGCACCCUCCAAUACUCCAUUCCCGGACCCACGCCUCCACCUUUUUCCUCACUGAACUCCUCGCUUGGUAUGCCACAGACACCCUCCCCUUUAUCUGCGUACCGAGGGAAGCAUUCAACGAGUACAGGACACUCGUUCAACGGUUCGAUCCUCAGUAGACUCACAAAAGACGAUGAUGAAGAUGAGGAGUUUAUGUAGAUUUGUGAUGCGGUAUUUUUGUUUAAUAUCAUGUCCAUUGCUAUCAGCGUUUUUGCGUUC